AGUUGAUGCUGACAGGUAAAGAAAUAAAUCCUGUGAAGAUGUAUGGCAAAUACCAUCCAAAGAAAAAUAAGAAUGGAGAGCUUAUUGUUUGUGACUCACAAGCUGCAGAAAUGGAAGCUGUGGAUAAAUUGUGUGAUGAUUUUGGAGAUGAUGUCGAAGAACAAUCUCAAUCUUCUGAUCAAGAGGAAACCGCAAGGACAUCCAAUGUUAAAUCUUCUCAAUUGCAUGCCAAGUACCUAGAAGUUGUCGGUUGCAAAAAGAGAAAAGUGCGUGGAACGGGAAGCUAUUCAAAGGCAUUUCUUCAUCAUGUGAAGAAUUUAAGUGCAAAACAAUCAUGUUCAAAAGCUCGUCGGAUGCAUCACUUUUGCGUCACUUGGGACACACACUUGAGGAAAUGGUUGACUUCACAUGGUGAUGAGUGUCCCCCGGAAAUGCCACUUGUUGAUGAUGAUUUGCAAGAUGAGGAUCCUGAUUCACAG